CCACAUUCAACUCGUUUGACAGUAUAUCGGCUAAGCUGAUAGAGUUGAUCUGGUUGGUCAGAUAGUGUCAAGUUCGGCUACACACGUAAAACACUUUCUAAAAAAGAAACCCAUCUGAGUUUACCUGUACGCGUAACUGCUGAAGCCACACUCUUGAAGAAACGCUCAAUCGCGCAAGACCAAACACCAUGGAGGAUGUCCCCGACCAGAAAGGCAUCAACCAGUGGCUACACGUAGAUGAAUUCCCUGAACAUUUAAAAAAAUAUUGGUUCCAACGCUUCAAGAUCUGGGAAAACUACGACAAAGGCAUAUGGAUGACCGAAGACUCCUGGUUCGGCGUCACCCCCGAGCCCAUCGCCAACAAGAUCGCAGCACACAUUGCAGAAUCAGCACCCAAAUCCGCGACCGUCAUUGUCGACGCGUUUGCGGGCGUGGGCGGUAAUGCGAUUGCGCUCGCGCGCUCAGGGCGCUGGGAACGCGUCUUCGCCAUUGAAAAGGACCCCAAGACGAUGAAAUGCGCAAAGCACAAUGCGGAAAUCUACGGUGUGGCGAGCAAAAUCUUCUGGCUGACUGGUGACUGCUUCGAGGCCAUUGGCAGGUUUGCCGGGCAGAAGAAUGUCGUUGUUUUUGCGAGCCCGCCGUGGGGAGGUCAGUCGUUCAUGCUGAUGUUUCGCGCGUAUUGGUACUGAUUGUUGCAGGAACGGAGUAUGGUGCAGACGAUGUGUUUGACUUGUCCAAGAUGGAACCGUAUAAUCUGGAUCAACUGUACAAGAGCUUCACGCGCAUCAGCAAGGAGGUGGUUCUGUAUCUACCGCGAACAUCGGAUCUGAACCAGAUUGCUCGAUAUGGUUCUGAGGGGAAGAAGCUCGAGGUAGCUCACUACGCCAUGAUGGGUGCGAGCAAGGCUCUUUGUGUUUACUUUGGUGAUUUCGACUUCGAGGUACAGACAGAGCAGGAGUCAUGAGCCUGGCAAGGAGAG